AUGGUACGUCUUCGUCCCUUUCGGAUGAAGAUGAUCUCCUCUAGGAGAUCCUCAUCGGUGGCGCCUGAGUUUCACGAAGAAGAUCUCGCCCGCCCCGCACCGCAGGCAUCCUCCCUCCCGCAUGCUUCAUCGAUGGCGCUGUCCUCCCCGCUUGAAGACGACGAUCUCCUCCAGGAGAUCCUCCUCCGCCUCGUGCCGCAACCAUCCUCCCUCCCACGUGCCUCUGCCGUCUGCAAGCGAUGGCGAGGUCUCCUCACCGACCCUAGGUUCCUUCACCGCUACUAUGCCCACCACCGCAAGCCUCCCCUCCUUGGUGUCUUUGAGACUCGUAGCGGGAGAAACCCCUUCAUUUCAACUUUGGACUCUCCCGACCACAUCCCCCCCGAGCGCUUCGACCUACAACGUCACGACAGCUUCCCCAAAAGUGUUCUAGAUUGCCGCCAUGGCCACGUCCUAGUCAAAUACUGGAUGCGGGAAGACCUCGUUGUGUGUGAUCCCAUCACCGGUGAGAAUCGCCACAUGUCUGUUCCAUCGAAAUUCAAGGGGGUAUUCAUUAGCGGGGCGGUGCUUUGUGCUGCCGGUGACCAGGGCCAUGUGCACGGUGGCUGCCACUCCAGUCCUAUAAAAGUGGUUUUGAUGUCCACGACAAAAGAUACUAGAGCCCUAGCAUGUGUUUACUCCUCAGAGACUGGCGUAUGGUACAAUCUGAUCUUAACAUCAACUCCAUGUCAGCUUUUUGUUGGUCGUUUUUCUGCGACCCUCAUUGGUAAGGCCCUUUAUUGGCCGCUUUUUACGCCUGAGAAGGGCAUACUGGAGUUUAAUUUGGAAGAGCAGAGACUAGCUGUGAUUGAGGGUCCUCCUUUGACAAACAAUUUCGACAUGGGCAAUAUUUGGAUCAUUCAGGCUGGGGAUGGUGUUGUUGGCUUAGCCGUAUUGUCUUAUCCUUUCUUCCAAAUGUGGCAAAGGGAGGUCAAUUUUCAUGGUGUUGCCACAUGGGUACUGCAAAAGACCAUUGAAAUACAUAGCAUUGGUCUCCCUCCCCAGAUUGGAAGAGGGACAGGAGCAAAGAAAACUAUAGUGGGAUAUUCUGAGGAUGCUGAUGUAGUGUUUAUACUUGUGGGUGAUAGUCUAUGCAUGGUUCAACUUAAAUCGAUGCAAUGCAAGAGACUUUGUGAAACCAAUCAUUCAGUUUGCUACUAUCCUCUCACGAGCUUCUAUGUACCAGGCACAUCCAUUGGAUCUAAUGGAGAAAAUGAUGCAUGA